GAUUGUGUUUUGUAGAUAUUGUAGAGACUGGAGCGAGACCCGGAGCGAGACACAUAAAAUAGUGUAAUGUAUAAGCGAUGUCAGGUUCAAAGUUCGCAGGUUUAUUUCGCCCAUGAUAUUCAUAGUACGUUUUGUGUACAUUCUAGGAUACACAUUGCUUAUAUGGGGUGUAAGAUCAUUUCCAUGCACAAUGGCGUACCUUUCUAGGACUGUUUUUCACUUCAGCUAUAUGCUUUUUAUUGUAUUGUCUAUGCCAAGAUAUACCUUUAUGUAUAAAAUCUUGAUUUCUGCUAUAUACGGUGAGGGAAGUCAUUUUCUUGCGGCAGCAUCUGUUGGAGAAGGCCUUGCUCGGAAGGGCCAUGACGUUACAAUGUUAAUUAGCAAUGCCUUUGAACAUCGUACAGAAGAACCAAUGUAUGCUAAUCUCUCUUUUGAAGUAUUCAAGCAUCCUAUACCCCCGGAAGAAGUCCGCGAAUCGUUGAACUUUGCAAGCACCAUGGUGUUUAGAGACGACAAUAUAGAGUUCUUCAGUUUAAUGAGGAAUAUGUCUAAGAGGACAGUAGAUGACUGUGAGGCAGUUGUUACAGAUACAGAGCUAAUGAUUCGACUUGAGAAAAAUGAUGCCAUCAUUGUAGAUAUUACCUGGCCAUGUGCCCGCUACAUCAAAGCUGUUCUUGAAGAGAAUAUGAAAUCAUUAAGACGCCGAACAAUGAUUAGUCUUUCAGCGACAAACCCAUGGAGUGGAUAUCUUAUGCUGGGUGGUUCUCCUGUUAAUUAUGCUUAUUUCCCAGAAAUUACGACCGGUUUCACCAACCAAAUGACAUUCAGGCAAAGGCUUCUAAAUAUCAUUCAGACAUAUUUGAUCUCUAUAGUCGGUGAACAGUUGACACCACCAUUUUAUAGAGAUAUGGGUAAAAGGCUUGGGUUGAGCCCUUAUAUCCAUCCCAUCUUUGAUAUGCAACACUUUGAUCUUCACUUACUAAAUAUUAAUUUUGCUUCCGAUUUUGUGACUCCUCUGUCACCGAGCGUAAUUCCUGUCGGUGGUUUGACCGUAAAGUUUGUCGAAAAACUGGAUCAGGAACUUGAAGAAUUCGUUCAGAGCUCUGGAGACCAUGGCGUCAUUGUCUUCACCCUUGGUACCUAUCUGGCAUCUAUUACAACGAUCAGACCCGAAAUAGUAACGAUGUUUGCCGAAGCUUUCCGAAGAUUGCCACAAAAGGUCAUCUGGCAGUUAAAGGAACUUCCCGACUGGGAGUUACCAUCCAAUGUGAAAGCUAUGCCAUGGUUGCCUCAAAACGACCUCCUUGGUCAUCCAAAGACACGAGUAUUCAUGUACCAAGGAGGUAAUAAUGGUUUCCAAGAAGCAUGUUACCAUGGAGUACCAAUCGUAGUCAUUCCUCUUCAAGGAGAUCAAUAUGAUGUCGCUGCUAGGAUCGAAGCAAGGGGUCUAGGUAAAAAGAUUGAAAAACUAGAACUCAACGCAGAUAUCAUCUAUGAUACACUUACUGAAGUUAUCAAUAACCCAAGUUACAACGAGGUUGCAGAUAAAGUUUCUGCAAUUUACAAGGACCAGCCAAUGAGCGCUCCGGAUCGAGCUGCCUUUUGGAUAGAACAUGUCAUCAAGUUUGGUGGAGCUUAUAUGAGAUCUCCAGCCAAUGAUCUUACAUUCAUUCAAUAUCAUCUUAUAGAUGUAUAUGCCUUCCUCACUGCGAUAGUCGUUGUAUUUCUAGCUGUAGUCUAUUAUACACUUAAAUUUUGUGUUUCUCUGUGUGGUCGUAUGAUAGGACGUGGCAGCAGUAGAAAAUCAAAGACUGAAUAACCAUGAUAAUUGUAGGUAAAUCUGGUAAACUUAUGUAUAAUCAAACAAUAUUGUUGGCUCAACUGGUAGAGCGGCCGCCUCGUAAUUGGGGAUCGUUAAUUUAAUCCAUGGCCGAGUCGAGCUAGGGGACUUUCAAAAUCGGACCUUUACCUGCUCGCAAGGUGCUCGGUAUUUUAUAAUAGAGAAGGGUCUUCUAUGCUGGUAUCAUUAUUAUCAUUAAGAGUGCCACAUUUCUAUCAACAGACUGUCUUCCAACAAUAUUACAAGUUCCUAUUUUUUUAGAACUAAAACUAAUUAUUUGAUUUAUUUUGUCCCCUUAUGCAAAAUACGGAUCGGGCAACCUGUGGUCCCACCAUUUAAAAGGGAGCUUUCACACAGCGCCGCAGAGAAUGGAUCCUACAACACAUCAGCAAAUGCAUUGAAAAUGCAAGUCAAAUCACAUUUAAAGUUGACCUAAAAUUGCAAUUGUGUCGUUUGUCUAGAGUCACGGACGAAACUGCCUUUACCUACCCUCGACAAAGACUUCAUUGUGAUUUGAUUCACACUUUCAAUGCAUUUGCUGCGUUGUAGGAUUCAUUCUGCAUUGUUGUGUGAAACACGGGCGUAAAUCUUGGGGGAGGGAAUAGGGGAUACAUCCCCCCCCCCCACACUUUUCGAAGGGGGUGGCAUGUACAAUCACCCCCACCUACUUUUCAAGAUAGAAACAAAUAUUUUUUAAAUCCUAAAUUGGUUAAUACUACUGUUAAUGUGUGGAUUCAUCUUUAAAUGCAGUCAAAGUGUAAAUUGGUCUUCAUGCAAAAUUUCUCGCGCGGUCGCUCGGCUCCCGCGCUCAAUCUAUUCUUAUAAGAAUUUGGCCGUGACAAAUCCCUACGUUUAGCUUAUUGUAAGGUUAUAUCUACUGCAUCAUGGAGUUCAGUUAAGAUAAGUCCAUUUUAUGAAUAUGUAAUUCCAAUGAGUUUUAGAUAUUGUGGCGUAACCGAGCUCUGUCGGGGUAGCGUUCUGCCGUCUCGCAGUCUCCAGAACCCGGUCCACGCUUCUCCUCACUUUUAUAUCUCUUUUGGGGCAGGUUCGCUCACAAAAGUAUAUUGUGCAACGUGGUACACUCUCUCGCUCCUCUGAAAUACACCGAAUCACCCGCUCACUCACCCUAAAUCAUGCAAAUGAAGCAACUUGGGAGAUAUUCAAUAUACAGUUCAACUUGAUUUAUUCGGAGCUUACAUCUUACAACCGCACGCCACCGCAGCUCCCAGCGAACUGACGUACUUCUCCAAUAAUCGCAAAGCAUAUCACAACUAAAUCAUCGCCCUCUACGAUUAAACUAUGAAAUACAUCUUAAAGGUAUAACUCAUUAUGCUACACAGCCCCUCCCCAAGUCUGGGCUGUCCUCGGACCAGGUAUAAAACUAAAAAGACUAAAAAUAAAUCCUUUCAAAACUCAACUCACCCUUCAAGAGUGAAACAUCUUUGGCAGAAACAAUAAGUACAAAAAAAAUAUUUAAAACAAAUAUCGUUAAGAAUAUACAGGUAUAUACAGGUAUAGCAUAAAAAGAAAGCACUCUUCUUAACACACUUAUGAGUUUGAAGACAUCUCUAAGACUUCCUAAAGAAAACCAAAUAACAUUUUGAGUUUCAUGUCCAAACAUGAGGUAUUAAAUGUUUUGUAUAAAAAGUAGAUACUGAUCUUUUUUUUUUUUCAACUGCAUGAUCGAUGACAUCAAAAAUAUAACUUUAAUCAAGCACUGUUCUCACAAAACAAGAACAAAAUGAUAUAUGUACAGAAAUAUAUAGAAAAAGCGGAGAGAGUUGUAGAGAGAGCAGGAAAAUGUCAAGAUGAGGAGGAUAUAGGAAAGAUAAGAAGAAAGGCAAGGAAGACAUAAUAGUAAAUAGAGUAUAACAUACAUCAAGGCAAUAAAUCGGAAUACAAAACAACAAGACGGAAUGUUUCUCAAAGAAGAGAUACUGUUUUUUAUAUAUAACAAAAGUUCUUAAAAGUGUUCUGGAUGAUGAGAUCUUUAGCUGAUCAAUCUGUUUCGGCCUUGGUUGUUCCCACCAUCAUAUCCACCGUAAACUCCUUUAUGACUUCGUCCUCCGAUACUAUUUCUCCAUUUCGGAACACUCGGCGCGUGGUUUUUUCGGUGAGAGUUUUUAGGUUUCCGAUAAGUCCACGCUCCAAAUCCUCUACGGACAUAGCCGGACCCACAUGCCCCUCACGUACAUGAUUAAUCUUGGUGUAUGAAGCUUCAGGGACCGACCCGACAGCUUUUACCACCACCAUGUGGUAGGUCCGUGCCUUUUCCUCGUAAAUAGAUUUCGAUCCUCCGGAAAACACGUAUGCCGAACUAUGUUCGGCUACUCGGACUAAGUUCCCUGCUAAAAUCCUGGUCGGUUUCAAGUCACCGAUAGGCUUUCCCAACUUCACUUUCUCAGGCAAGUCCAUGCCCCCCUCCUGUUCAUCUUCAAGAUCGGACUCAGACUCCUCAGACUGCUCAUCUUGCACCUGUUGACGCAGGAGGCUAAGUGGUUUCCCACUGAGUCCUGGGCCCAUUUUCCAAGAAUUUACCGCUUCCAUAGUGCCAGGAGAGACGUCGACUUGAAUCUCUGCUUCAGCAAUGGUUGGCUCUUGUACCUCACUGCAGAUCCGAGUUGUUGUCUUCUCCUCAUGUUCUCGAGUUUCCCGACCUUUUUCACGUUCACGUUCUUUCCCUCCUUUGUCGCUCAAGUGGACUUCCGACCUCACUUUUGAACGUCUCUCAUGACUCACCAUGUGGGCCCUAAGGUUAUCUCUGCGGGAAUACCCCUUCUCACAAAUGUCACAAGUAUACAGCCUUUGACGUCGAUGUCUCUCGUCGAUGUGUCGGUGCAGACUCCUUUUAUGUGAGAACCUCGCUCCACAGUCGAAGCAUUCAAAGUCAGACGCCACCCGGUGCCUCAUCUUGCAUAGGCGCUCUCUUCUUGCCUCUCUCCAGGCACCCUUCCUCGGCGCUCUCUUUACCCCUCUCUCCUGGCGAUCUUCAUAGGAGAUAUACGUGGCGCUCCCUGUAAUACAGGCGCCUAAGUUGAAUGAGCUUCCAAUACCACGUUGUUCAAUCCCACCGCUGCCGAAAUGACUGGUGCCUCAACUAAAUCAUCGCCCUCUACGAUUAAACUAUGAAAUACAUCUUAAAGGUAUAACUCAUUAUGCUACACAGCCCCUCCCCAAGUCUGGGCUGUCCUCGGACCAGGUAUAUUAACAACAAAACAUAAAAAUGAAUUUCUUCAAAUGUUAUCUCGCUCUUGCAAAGAAGAAAAUAAAACAUUAAAACAUCGUUAAAAGUAUACAGGUAUAUACAUUGGCAUAGUACAUAAAGGGAGUACCGUUCUUACAUUAACAACCAAAACAAUCUAUAUACAGAAAUAGAUAAAAAGAGCAAACAGAGUUGUAUUGAGAUCAGAAAAUGUCAAGAUGAGAAUGACAUAAGAAAGGUUAG